AUGCUGCGUGUUCUCGCAUUUUGCGCUUGCUUGGCUGCUGCAAUGGCCGACCAGUGUCCAGAUGAUGCUGAGGUGGACUUGUGCGAGACACUCGGAGAAGAGACGGGCGCCGGAUCUCGCAGCUCAGCCUGGAUGGGACUGUUGCUGCCCUUGGUGUCGGCACGCCCGAAGCUUGGUGCCAGCAUCGUCGUGGUCUUGGCGUUUGGGAUGGUUGGCGCAGACGCAGCCACCUGCGGUGAUCUGAAGACUUUCUACAAGAGCGAGCAGUGCUGUGGCGCGCCCACCCAGGCACUGUCCGUCACACCGCCUGGCUGCCCUUAUAACUUCGCCAAGCCGGCCUGCAGCACCGCGGAGCCUCAGACGCCUCGUGACCUGACUCCAGGCGCUUCCGGCAUGAUGACACCCAAGGCAGCGACCCUGAAUGAUGCCCAGGCCAACUUCCUCCCGCUGGUGAACGUGCACUUCCACCUGGGCGCUGAGCACAAGUCAGAGUCCUACAUGAACUCUAGCGAUGCCGACGCUUAUGAUGCCGCAUCCUCCGGGCGCCGCCUUGCUGAAAAUCCGCGUCCUGGCUUCAUGUGCGCCACCGAGAACCUGACUGACGCUCAGAUGGCGCCAUACACCUUUCAGUACUGCAAGGGCGACGUGGCAGUGGGCAAAUCCUACGAAAUCCACUACGUGCACUCCUCCGCGGGCACGGACGCAGAUCCGACGGAUGCCGUCAACGCAGACCUGCUGGCAGACGGCCUGGGAGGGGCAGCAAACGGUCGCGGCCUCCUGAACCCCAUGGUUGUGGUUCAGGGCCAGAUCUUCCAGAUCGUCCAGGGAGGCCCCACAGUCACCGAUAUGCUGCACGGAUGGACUGUGGUGGGGCAUGAGAACUCUGUGAUGUAUCCUGGGUCAACCACGGGCCAGUCGCAUGACAACAGCGUCUGCUCGCCAUAUUCGAUUACCUGGCACGUGGACAAGGACUGCCACCAGGUCUCACCGGAGUCGUUUGACAACCUCUGCAAGCAGAUGAAGGACACGUACAACAUGGAGGCCGACUUGUACCCCCACGGCUCGCGCAAGCUGGUUUCCCCGGAGUAUGUUGUGAAGUCCGAGUAUGUCGUCGCUCUGGCCUAG